AUGAGUGAAGUUGCCAGUUUCCUUCCUGCUCAGCUUCUCUAUCAUUCUGCUUUCCACUGGAUCACUCCAGGAAGAGUGUGGAAUGUUUUAAGAGCCAAUGUUGAGACCAGCUUGAUCAUCCCAGAUGCUAUAAAGUUGAGAAUGACUUAUGGUCCUUCUGGUGCUGCCUUGAUCACUACUACUGCUGCUGUCCUGAGAGCUUUUAGUGAACAUGGGUUUAUGAAUGAGUUAAAAGAACUUAAUGUGGUUGAUGUAACUAAGAUCUUUGAAUUUGAUGAGAAGAUAAGAGAGAAUCCACCUGUGUACCAUUGCAUACCAACUGCAUAUGGGUUGAGUUAUCUUAGCCAAAAGGAUAGGGAAGCAAUGGAGGACGUGAAGGAAGAGGCUAAGAAGAUCGCUCCCUUGCUACAAGGAUUUUGUGAGACCAUACUAAAGCAUCACCCACUUGGGAAGCAGAAGGUUCUUGUCAAGCACUCUAACGACAACCCAGUGAUGAAGCAAAAGGCUAAGAGAUUCUUUCAACAUGUCAGUAAAGGUAGUGGCAGCCUAGGAGAGCUGUAUGGGGCCAAGAGGCAGAAAAAGCUCUAG